GCCUUGCGAGAGACCCAAGUCAACUUUUUGACACGACGCCUCAACAACCCAUCCCUUGCCAACGCCCGCUUCUAUACCCACCCACCCCAGGAGUGCCCAGAGAAUCGAGCCAGGACGAAAGGACUACCGCAUCGUAUCAACAGAACCCAUCGCAAACAUGGACGCCCCCGAGCCGGAUACCCCUUUCGCGUCUGUGACGGCGCAAACAUCAAAGUUUGGACGUAUGUUCCAGUCCUACCUCGACAAGUCAACACCAUACACGCCCUACCGAUGGGGAGGAACAGCAGUACUCUUCAUCCUCUUCGGUCUGCGCAUAUUCUUCGCCCAAGGAUGGUAUAUCGUCGUAUACUCCCUAGGCAUCUACCUCCUAAACCUCUUCCUCGCCUUCCUCUCGCCCAAAUUCGACCCCGCGCUCGAACAAGACGAGGGCAUGGAAGACGGCAACGCCAGCGGGCUGCCGACAAAAGAAGACCAAGAGUUCCGCCCCUUUGUGCGCCGGCUCCCCGAGUUCAAGUUCUGGUACUCGACCACAAAGGCGAUUGCCAUUGGCUUCUUCUGCAGCUGGUUCGAGAUCUUCAAUCUGCCGGUUUUCUGGCCGGUCCUGGUUGUGUACUGGCUGAUUCUGUUCGGCCUGACGAUGCGACGACAAAUUCAGCAUAUGAUCAAGUACCGCUACGUUCCCUUCACGGUCGGCAAGACGCGCUACCGGGCUGCUGCAAACUGAACACGUAUACGCGUCGCCAUCGCUUUCUUAUCGACUACCGCAUUAGGGCGCGGGGUGCUAUAGGCGCCGAUUCAUGACGUUACUGUUAGCGGCUGCAUUUUGGGUAUAGGGCGCUGCAAUCGCAAUAGAUGGGGUGGCGCGGAGUCGCUCCGGGAAACAGGCGGCUGGUUCAUCUCGGAUGCUACACGACAGGCAUGUGUAAGAAAAGCCUGCAUAUUUACACGUUUAAUUCUGGGGACGUUGGGUACGAAAGCAGUUUUAUGCCAUCCUUAUGCGCGCCUAGUACAAUAAUCUAUGUUGAACUCGAAAUACGUCCAAUUGUCUUAGUUGGUUCUAGGUAUCAAAGACGUUCCUCAUGCAAAUACGACCAGCGCAAACAUCUCAACACGCAAUAGACCUGUACAAAAGGAGAACACGGGAUUUCCUUGAGCCAAGGAUAAUAGC